AUCAUUUGAAAUUGUAUGAACAGUUGUGAAACAUCCUGUUCAUCGUGAUGGUCAUUGUUCAAUUGAUGAAUAUGUUUAGAUAUGACGAUAUCACGCGACCAACGAGGAAAGAGGAUGGCGCAAUAAGAAAAAGUGUAUAUAGAAAACCUACAUCAACGGGUCAGUAUACUGAUUUUCUCAGCUUCGUGCCCUUGAAAUACAAACGCAAUCUGAUAAAAUGCUUGGUUCACAGAGCAAGAGCAAUUUGUUCGGAUGAUUGUCUUGAUGAGGAACUUAAUAAUAUUGAACGGUUGCUAAGUGAAAAUGGUUAUCCAGAAAAGUUUACUGAUAAGAAUAUGAAUCUAAAAUCAAAGCAGCCCAAGUUACCAACAGUUCCAAAAAAGGAAGGCCUUAUUCUUACAAAUGCAGUUCCUUGGGGACAACAUCAGCAAAAGACUAACACAGCGCCUUAGAAAUGCGGUAAGAAGAAUUACGGUGUGUCUUCAAAACCACUCCUCUUAUGCGUUCGGGAGUAAAAGACAAAUUGUCUAAUUUCGCCUCUUCCAUGUGUAUCUACCAAUUUAACUGCUCCUGUGGAGCCAGUUACAUAGGCCG